AUGAGCCAUCUUGCCCCAUCUGCUAAGGAUAUUCGCCGCAGAUGUAUCCUCCUCAGCAACUCUGGGAAGAUGCUGUGGUCAGGGUUACAACAAAAAGCCGGUUUUAACUGGAGAGUUGAAGAGCGGAAGACGGGGAAGAGCAAGGACCGGAGAAGCUUGAACACAGAAUUUAUCUGCGUCUGCCAGCUGUUUAUGAUAGCCGAGGCCUCUUCAGUCUCGUUGCGAACGGUGUCUGGCUGGAACCCAGGCUGCUUCUCACCAUAUGAUUGCCGACGCUCAGACAUCAAGCUCCAGUCACCAAGCGACGACCUUGUGCUGCCCGGCCAGGAAGCCUCUUUGUUUGAUAUCAAGUCCAGGUGA